CUUAUUCGUAGUCGUGUAGUCCAACAUGGUGGUCUUUUGGUCUAUGUUCGUAGUUUGAUCGUAUAGAAACUGCUUUUUAAAGUCUUCCUUCUGUUUAUCCUUGAUAGAAUGGGGGCGGAAUUUACCGGACAGAUCCCCGACUUAUACUGUCUUCUACAAGUACCGAAGGGUGCUUCAUAUGAGGAGCUGAAGCAGAGUUAUCAACGGCUCGUUCUGAAGUAUCAUCCGGACAAAAUAGACCGGCACCAGUCUCCUGAGGACCAGGCAGCAGCACAGGACAUGUUUGUGGCUGUGGACAAAGCCUGGAAGACUUUAGGUGAUCCUACUCUGAGGAAGGAGUAUGAUGCCAGACUUAAUGAGAAAACUGUCAGCCAAGAGUUUCCAGUUGAUGAAGAGAUCACACUAGCAGAUAUGGAUUAUGAUGAAGAUGAAGGUGUGUACUCGUACCCAUGUCGCUGUGGGGAUGACUACUCAGUUUGUGAGGAUGAGGUUGGAGAUGGGAGAGACAUGGUGAUCUGCUGUAGUACCUGUAGCCUCACUGUCAGAGUACAGUGUGUCAGUAGUAUGAAUGAGCAGGAUGAUACACAUCAUCAGGAGGAGAGCAGAUGACAGUAGAUGACAUUGUAUUAUGGUUGCAUAGGAAGAAAGCUCAAAAUGUAUUAUGCAAGAUUCUUUACUGUUAUGUGUUUGAUUCAAUGCAAUGAAAGGUGUAUUAAACACACAGAUGAUUCAAUCUUGUAUUUUAUUAAAACUGCCAACUGCUAAUUGCUACCAAAA